AUGGAGAAAGUUCUGUUCAUCAUAGCCGCAACAGGGCUCUGUGCCGUCACCUCCAAACAUUACUACCAGUUUGUUUAUGAGCUGAAGAACUGGACUGAAGCGCUGAGUUACUGCAGGGACAAAUACACAGACCUGGCUGCUGUAGACGACAUGCAGGAUGUGCAGACGCUGAACGACAUGGUGGACGUGAGCAAAAUGAGCAUCAUGGAGAACGCCUACCGAGCCUGGAUCGGGCUGUAUGAUGACAUCAAUGGCUGGAGGUGGUCAAUGUCAGAAACCAGUGAGGCUGAGUUCAGAAACUGGUCACCUUGGCAACCAGACAACGUAAUGAGUAAAGAAUUCUGCGUACUGAUGCUUGAUGGACUGUGGUUUGAUUAUCCUUGUGAGAGUUUCUACAGAUUCGUCUGCUCUGAUAACAGAGGGUCGACUAUGACAUUUGUCUACAUUGACAAUCUCAUGACGUGGACGGAGGCCCAGAGCUACUGCAGACUUCGUUACACAGACCUGGCCAGUGUGAGGAACAUGACAGAGAACCAGAAGAUAGAUGAGGUGGUACCUGCAGGGGUGAAGGUGUGGAUCGGCCUUUUCAGAGAUUCCUGGAAGUGGACAAAUGGAAGUAACUCCUCAUUAAGAUAUUGGACAGUUAUUGAACCUAACAAUCUGAUGGGACACGAGUCUUGUGUGGCAGCAAACUUUUUACUAAAUGCAAAAUGGGAGGACUGGACCUGUGACUCCAUGAAAGAAUUUGUUUGCUACAUUGCGCCUGUUUACAAGCAAGUGGUGAGAGUGAAUCUGAUAAACUCCAGUCCUGAUCUGACCCACCCUGAUGUGAUGGAAGCCAUGCUGAACCAGAUCAAACAGAAGCUGAAGGAGCAGGGAGUACAGGGAGACAUCAAACUGAGCUGGAGGAAGCAGUCCGAUGGAUCGGUCUUCCAAAAGGAUGACGAGGAAACGAAGAAGAAGAGCAUCGUCUGAAAGUUUCAGGCUCUAUUGUGAAAUGUUAUCAUAUUAUUCUGUACUUUGUGUGAAAAACUCAAAUAAAGCAAAUCAUACAAAUCUUAUUUCAGAGAACUUUAUGAAUAGAAAACUAUAAAGAUUGUUGUGAUUACUGUCACUGAGUAAGGCUUUACCUAGUUUCAGAUGUUAGUCAUACCUUUUAACACUUGGACUUGAAGCUACAGCAGGUUUGUUGGGGAUUUGGGGAUAGGACGCUCUGUAAUUAUAAUAUUUUUUGCAGCAUCUGUCAGCUCAGACCGCUUUGAUGAAAAUGUGGUGGUAGGUCAUCAUUUAAUGUAUUUUUUUCUUUUGCUGUUUUCUUUUUGCUUGAGUUAUUGAUUUCGAAUAUUCAACUUUACGUAUCUUUUCAAAUAACCAAAGUCUUUAUUUUAAAGUCGUGACUGAUUGUUGCAACAAAGUGAGCAGAAGUGAUUAAGCAAUGGAAACGGCCUGUCUGUGCAAACAUUAGAUGCUCUUUGAAUCAGACUGAAUCAGCUGCAUUUCUGUUUUAUGCUUUACUCAACUUUUAAAUAAAGAUUAUGUGUGAGAAUAUUGAUGCUUAUACAACUGUUUGAGGAGAUAAUAAAGAAGU